AUGACCAAAGAUACAGCUGUAAGGUCCAAGGCCAGAGCACCUACUCGAGCAUACGCUAUUCGCGCUCGCGAAGAAGCGUUAUCUCUAGAUGUCAUUACCGGUACUUUCCUUCUUUAUAACACUACUGUUGUUGCCUUGAUUGAUCCGGGAUCUACUCAUUCUUAUAUAUGCAUAAAUUUAGCAUCCAGUAAGACUUUUCUUGUAAAGUCUACUGAGUUUGUGAUUAGAGUAUCGAACCUCUUAAGCCGAAUGGCUCCGACUAAAUUGAAAGAAUUAAAGUCUCAGUUGCAAGAAUUGGCAAAUAGAGGGUUUGCUAGACCUAGUUUCUCACAUUGGGGUGCUCCGGUUCUACAGUAUUUGGAUCAAUUUGUGGUAGUGUUCAUUGAUGAUAUCUUGAUUUAUUCUCGUGAUGAAUUCAAGCAUGCUGAACAUCUGAGAAUAGUACUCAAACUUUGUGUGAUAAACAGUUGUAUGCGAAGUUCAGUAAAUAUUGGAAGCCUCCAAGAAAUGUAUCCGAAGUCUAAAGUUUUCUGGGACUUGCUGUGGAGGUGUUUAGAGUUGCUAAAAGAUUACGAGCUUGUAAUUGACUACCAUCCGAGGAAAGCAAAUGUUGUUGCUGAUGCUUUGAGUCAGAAAUCACUGUUUACAUUACGUGCUAUGAAAACUCAGUUGACCCUAUUCGAUGACAGUUCGAUUGUCACUGAGUUGAAAGCGAAACCGUUAUUUAUACAACAGAUUUAUGAAGCUCAGGAUGUUGAUAAUGAAUUGUUAGCAAAAUGGACUCAAUGUGAUUUGAAUAUUGAUUCAGAGUUUCAAAUUGAUGUUGAGGGUUGUUUGAGGUUCAGAGAUCGAAUGUUGAGGACUGAGCUCAGUGAGAAUAAGAUACACGGGGUCGAUUUGAUCAAAGAGACUAAACAGAAAGUGAAAGUGAUUCGCUAUAGUCUGAAGGCAGCAUCAAAUCGCAAAUUGAGUUUGAGAUUUAUUGCGCCGUAUGAAAUCAUUGAGCGUAUCAGGCCAGUUGCUUACAGAUUGAUGUUGCAAUUUGAGUUAGAAAAUAUUCAUAACGUGUUUCACGUAUCUAUGCUUCAACGAUAUCGAUCUGAUCCCUCACAUGUGAUUUUACUGUCUGAGAUUGAAAUUAAGUCCGAUAUGACAUAUGAAGAAGAACCGAUUCGGAUUUUGGGUCACGAGAUUAAAGAACUUAGAAAUAAGAAAAUUUCGUUAGUAAAAGUAUUGUGGCAUCAACACGGUGUUAAAGAGGCUGCUUGGGAACCUAAAGAUCCUAUGAGACAGCAAUAUCCGAAUGUGUUCAAUGGUAAGAUUUUCAGGGACGAAAAUUCCUAA